AUGGGAAUCGAACCGCCGAGCGACGCGGCAAAGAAGAUGACGCCCUCGACGCUGGACCUGCUGGUCUUGACGUUCAACUGCGCGGCGAAGCUCAUCAACGUGCCUGUUUUCGCGGGUCAUUUGCAGACUGCUCUGGCGCGGAAUGCCGCGGAACUGCCAGAGGUGGUUGUCCUAUCGCUACAAGAGAUUGCCCCCCUGAGCUAUGCCUUCAUUGGAGGGGACUACUUCCUGAAACCGUACGUGGAACGGUUUGAAGAGGCAAUCAACCUCGCGGCUUCACUGCAUUCACAGAAUGGAGAGAGCGACAGCACCUCAGAAGCUGCUGCUACUUGCAAUCCUACAUCACAGUUACUGUCACAGUCACAAUCACAGAGUGGGAGAAGUCACUAUACGCUCAUCAGAAACCUCAAUGUGGGGUACACAGCUAUUAUGAUGUUUGCCAGAGAUCCAGCCCGUCUCAAGGACAUCCAAGAGGCCGAAGUAGGAUUCGGUGCUGCUGAGAUGGGCAACAAGGGGGCGGUCGGCCUAAGAGCGCUGUACGAGGUUGGCGGAGAAUCAACAGAGCUGACGUUUGUGGCGACGCAUCUGGCCGCCAUGGAGUGGAAUCUGCCGCGGCGCAACGCCAACUGGGGCGCCAUCAUGCGCGGGUUGACGUUUGAGAAUCCGGAAGAGGUGUUGAGCAAGAUGAGGCGGGACGCCGAAUCGAGGAGCCAGAGCUUGUCGUCCGAGGAGAGCGAUGCUUCGGAGCAGGCCCGCUUGCUGCGUGAGGAGCACCACGAGCAGGACCUCCGGCUGCAGCAGCAGUUUCACAACCUUUCCGUCUUCAAGCCGUCGUCUCAUUUGUUUGUUGCCGGAGAUCUCAACUACCGAAUUUCCACCACGUCUCCGACGGCCUAUUCUGCGUUCCCGAAUCUGGAUCCCGGAUCAGAAAACUACUACACAAACUUCUUGCACCUCGAUCAGCUCACUCGUGAGCGGUUGGCUGGCCGCACGCUCCAUGGCAUGUCAGAGCAACCCGUAGCCUUCCCGCCGACUUACAAGUACGUCGUGGACUCCAAGACGCCUCCUCCCGGGACCGCCGGCAGCUCCGUCGAUGAGGUCAAGUGGGAGUUUGCCUCGCACCGGUACCCCGCCUGGACAGACCGCAUCCUGUAUCUCGAACUCCCGUCAUGGAUCGACUCAAAGAUGAAAGUCCGGGCCUACGAUGCGCUGCCGGUCAUCCGGACCAGUGACCACCGCCCCGUAUUCCUCCGCGUCGACGUGCCACUCAUCUCGCCCGAGGACCUUGCCCCCCCAGUUAGCGAAGUUGCUUCCGGAUCCGCUUCGCCCGGUGGCAGCGGCGUUGAUCCGCGCGUGCGGCUACCUGUGGAGAUUGAUCCGGAGGCCUGGGAUCGCAGAGUGGCUGCGCGGCGGCGCGAGAUCGCGGCCGGGUGGACCAUGUUUCUCUGGAGCACGAGGCAAGGGGCGUAUAUUCUGGGCUCGCUACUGGCCACAGGUGCCAGCGGAUACUGGCUGUACCGUUAUGCAUACAUGUGA